UCGUCCUCGAUGCCGACUAUUGCUAUCGACAAAGCAGAUCUCUGGGAGAGACUGGGCCAGGAAUAUUCCUCUGAGGAAUUCGACCAUCUUUUAUUCGAAUACGGCCUAGAACUAGACGAUGAUACUACAUCUGAAAUAACCGACGAGCUGAAAAAGGUCUUCCCCAGUCACAGUCCCGUUGCACUCGCCGAUAUCAAUGAACUGGUUGAGAAAGCGAAGACGGAAAAGAAUGUGGAGAUUGAUCGUCCGCAACUCAAAAUAGAAAUACCUGCAAACAGAUAUGACCUGCUUUGUAUCGAAGGACUUUCCCGCGCCCUACGCGUUUUCCUCCAAACGACUGCCACUGAAGUCCCACAAUACAAGCUGGUACUCCCUCCAGGCGGAGAGUCUGACCUCUUGACUGUUUCGAUACACCCCGAUACAAGUAAAAUUCGGCCUUACUUUGCCUGCGCGAUUUUGCGCAAUGUCAAGUUCACCCCACGAUCUUAUGCCUCGUUCAUCGACUUGCAGGACAAGCUCCACCACAACAUCUGCAGAAGGCGACAGUUUGUCGCUAUCGGCACUCAUGACUUGGACACCCUUGAACCUCCCUUCCGCUAUGAAGCAAGGGCCCCAACAGACAUCAAGUUUGUUCCCUUGAACAAGAACAAAGCUUACACUGCUGAGGAAUUAAUGACGGUGUAUGAAUCGGAUCGACAACUCUCCAAAUUUCUCCACAUUAUUCGGGACUCGCCUGUCUAUCCCAUCAUCUACGAUGCUCAAGAUCGCGUGCUCUCAAUGCCUCCUAUCAUCAACUCAGAACACAGCAAGAUUACGCUCAACACAAGAAAUGUCUUCAUAGACGUCACUGCCACAGACGAAACAAAGCUUGCCAUCGUGGUCAAUAUCGUUGCGACCAUGUUCUCUGAAUACUGUGAAAAGCCCUACACAAUCGAACCUGUAAGGGUUAUCCAAGCCGAUGGCUCGACGAAAAUAACCCCCGACAUUUCUUGCCGCCAAACUACCGCUCAUGCGUCUUACAUUAACUCCUGCACAGGUCUGAAUUUGACCGCGCCGCAAGUAUCUGGUCUGCUCCAGAAGAUGUCUAUUAGCACCACAUUGUCGCCUUCUAACGCCGAUGAGAUUCUCGUAGAGAUACCCCCCACACGUCCUGACAUUCUCCAUGAAUGCGACAUCAUGGAAGAUGCCGCCAUUGCAUACGGUUUCAAUAACCUCCCGUUCUCCUUCCCUCCGACAGCCACUGUCGGCCAGCCAUUAGCUAUUGGUCAAUUAUCAGAUGUUGUUCGUAAAGAAUGGGCAUUAGCAGGUUGGAUUGAAGUUUUACCUCUCAUCCUGUGUUCUCACGAAGAAAACUUUGCGUGGCUGAACCACGAGGACGACAAUACAACGGCGGUCAAGAUUGCCAACCCCAAGACCCUCGAGUUCCAGAUCGUGCGGACAACACUGCUCCCAGGCCUACUGAAGACAAUUCGUGAAAAUCGAUCGCACGCCCUGCCCAUCAAGGUGUUCGAGACGAGUGACAUUGUUGUCAAAGACCUGAAGAGAGAGAGGCAAGCGAGAAAUGUCCGACACGCUGCUGCAGUCUGGUGCAACAAAACCGCUGGGUUCGAGGUCGUGCAUGGAAUGUUGGACCGGGCCAUGAAGAUGCUUGAUGUGCCACGAAUCACAAGUGCUGACCACGAAGCUACGACUGGGUAUUACAUCAAAGAAGUCAGCGAUCCCAUGUACUUCCCUGGCCGGGCCGCUGAAGUAUACUAUCGACCGCCCGCGAAGAAGAAGAGUCUCGUUCAAAGCAUUGAACGCCGAAUUGAGUCGGCUCUCAAAAUUGAGACCGACAUAAAGAUAGGCAGUUUGGGCAUCUUACACCCCUCGGUGCUUGAGAAGUUUGACAUCAGUUACCCCUGUUCUGCCCUCGAGUUCACCUUGGAACCAUUCAAGAAGCAGAUGCCCAAAAUGUGGACAAACGAAGAGUAA